AUGAGGAGAAAUGAUGUUCCGUUGCGAAUUAAUAAAUGAAGUUCAGGAAAAAGUAGUUGAGUUAUUAAUUUACAUUUUUGGAGAAGCAGCGAAGGAUUUUCGUCAACAGAGUCGUACAUUAUUUGCUGAAACUUUCCAAAUCUGUAUAAAGAAUUGAAAAAUUUCUGUAUUGGAAAUGUCUGCUUUCGGUUGCUGAUCCGACAAAAACCCUUGAUGGGGGACCAUAACUUGCUCCAUCAACCACCAUGAGUUUUCUGGCAUAAAAAUAGUAUUUGUUGCGCACCAUAACCAGUAUUAGUCAGUCAGAUUACUUUCUUUCUAGACAAGCCAAUGGUGAAAAAUGUCUUCUGACUUUGAAUUUUUUUAUACUUACUUAUAUAAGAUUUAAGAUCAAGGUGGAAGAUUUCGAUUAAUCAAAGUUAGGGAAAAGGCGAAGAAACAGUUAGCCAAGAGGACCAGUUCCCAGUUUCUUAAGCGUUUCAUGUAAGAGGAAAAUUGAGUGACCCUGCUUAAGGAGUUACCUUUUUUAGAUGGAGUUCGAUUCAAAGUGGGACUUGGAAACCAUUACAACGUUCAAUUCAAAAACGAGUGGAAGUCUGAGAAAGAUGCAGUCGGCAGACUGGAUGAUUGGAGAUGAUGGGGAAAUUGAUGUUGGCUCCUUUAAUUUGUCGACGGAUGGUGGGAAUUGCAGUACAUCUGGCUCUUAUGCUGGGCGUGGUUCUUCAACUAAAAGCACGAUUUCGGCUUCUACCGACUCCUCCCUGAAGGAUGGGAUGAAACUGCUAGGUUCUGAGUUUGAGGCAUUUGAGGGAUCUGCAAAUUUUAUCAAGAAAAUGGAAAUGUCCCGAUCUGAGGUGUCUGGAACUUCUCCACCUCUGGAGGGUUCUGUUGGCUCUGGUGAGCCAUGGAUUAGUUUGAAACUCAGAAAGCAGACUUACUUUGAGAACAGCAGUGCUGGGAGCCAUGUUAAGAGCGUAACCACUUCUGUAGUGCCUACUUCAUCUACAACUACAAUGAAGAAAACUAAAUUAUCUGGUCAAAUUGUGCCUAUUCCAUACUGUCAAGUAGAAGGCUGUGACAUUGAUCUUUCAGCAGCUAAAGAAUAUCAUCGAAAGCAUAAAGUUUGUGAUGGCCAUUCUAAGAGCCCAAGGGUUAUUGUAGGAGGCCUUGAACAUCGGUUUUGCCAACAGUGUAGCAGGUUCCACAGUUUGUCCGAAUUCGACGAAAAGAAGCGUAGCUGUCGAAGGAGGCUUUCAGACCACAAUGCACGGCGUCGCAAACCACAACGGCAAACUAUUGAGUUUAACUCAUCAAGGCUGUCGUCACAACUCUAUGAUGGCAGGCAACAGAUGAAUUUUCUGGUGAACAAUGCUCCCCUUAUUAACCCUAUAACUACUGAAAAUUCGACCUGGGAUAGCUCAUGCUCCUCCAAGUUUACACUUACAAGGGACUAUCCUGUUAAGUCUAGAAGAGCUGAAGGCAUUGAUGGGGAAAUGCAUAUGCCUGGAACUAAGCUGCCACAUGGCGUCAAUAUUCACGGUGGCCUCUUGGCAUGCAAGGACUACACUUCCGAGUUUUUCAACUCAGGUUUCAGGGGACCCACAAUCUUGUCCCACACAGAUGCAGCACCGGAUUACCGUUGUGCUCUCUCUCUUCUGUCAAGUAAUUCCUGGGCAUCCAGUCCAGAUUCAAUUCCACCACACCGUCCUAUGCAUGAAAAUAACCCUGGCAUGGCUCAGCAUGUAAACCAUUCAAGCCCAGGAGGCAUGCCUCUCACUUCAUCGGAAUUCUGGUUGACUGGACAGCAGUCUACCCAUCCCCAAUCCUAUGCCAUGGCUGCAAACAGUAACUUCCAGGACAUCCAGGUUUUCAAAUCACCUUAUGAGGCUGCUGAUAUCUAUUCAAAUGCGUUAAACUGAGCAUUUGACAGUAAUCUAUUCUAUUGUCGCCAUCGUUCCAAAUUGUGGUUUUAAGGUUCGUAAGGUUUUAUGCUCCUCGAGCAACCUUAGUAGUUCUGAAAUGAACAAAACAUGCUAGAGUUUUGAGAUUUUCUUUCCCUUUUUUUUCUUUUUUUUCUGAGGUUAUCAAUCAAAUUGUGUUGUCUUAAUGAUACAGAAUGCAGAAUGCUUUUGACUCUUCAGAAUUCUGAUAAAUAUUUUGUCAUCUGUUGGUAACCUGGACAAUAUUUAUUGAAGCAGUGUUGUUUUCAGAUCCAA